GCGAGGCGCGGGCGCGCGCGGGGCGCGGGCUCUGGCUCUGGCUCUGGCUCGGUGGCUGCCGGCCGGGCGUGCGGAGCGAUGGCCGCGGGCGGCCCCUGCAGCGCGGAGGAGCGGACCUACCGCCGCUUCCUCGAGGCUUUCCUGAGCGACUUCCGCGGGCCCUUCGAGGCGGCCGAGAGCCCGGCGCCCGCCUCGCCCGCCGCCUCCGCCUCCUCCUCCUCGCCGGGCGGCGAAGGCGCGGCGGCCGGGAGCGAAGGCGGGGAUGAGCAGCCGCCGCCGCCUGGCGGGGACGAAGAAGCCGCCGCGGGCGAGGAGGUAGCGGCGGCCGAGGAGGAGGAAGAGAAGGAGGAGGGAGAUGAUGAAGAAGAAGGUGAAGGGGAGCUCAAGGAUGCAGCCGCCGCCGCCGGACCGGGGGAGGAAGAGGAAGAGGAGGAAGGCGCCGGACGGGACGGAGCCAGCCCGCCCGGGGACGCCGAGCCCGAGGAGGCUCCUCCGGCCUCGCCCGCGCCGCCGCCUCGCCCGGCCAGCCCGUGCCCGCCGCCGCAGCCGCCGCCGCUGCCCCCGCUGCCCUCGCUGCCCCGGCCGCUCUCCGAGCACAUCACGGAGGAGGAGGUGGAGGGCGAGUGCCUGGACCUCUGCCUGCAGCAGCUCUACAAGUAGUG